AUGCCUCAUAUGUCAAAACUAUCAUUGGGUAUGGAGGGAGGUAGUAGUGUAGUCGUUGAACUCGGUUCCGGUUCUGAUUUGCAAAAUCGACCGUGGACCAGAACUUUUAGUUGCCUCAAAGUAAGGGUCGUACCACUGAUGCAAGAUAUUAUACGAAACAAGCCUACGGUUGCUUCU